AUGUUGGCCAAGUCGAAAGACGAAUCUUGCUUUGUAAAGGGCAACGAGCGCGGUCUAGAAGAGGGUGAGGAUGCUAUGCUUUUCUCGCUCCCCUUCCCUUUCCCUUUCAUCCACACUCUUUCAUCCUCAUCAACACACUUUCGCUGGUCGACAUUGCACAACAUCUCUUCUCUUUAUUUUGGCGCCUUUUUGAACGCGUGCUGCUCUUUCUUCUUGCCAAUGCGAGCGAGAAGGAGGAGAUUGUGCGCACGCAACACGUUCGCUUUCUAUACUUUACCGACGACCAUCUUGAUAGCCCUUUUAGCGCUCUGCAUGGUCGCAAGCGAAGCUCGAGCAGCUCAAAAAGUUCUCUCCCUCGGUCCUCUCCCCUUAGUCUCUGGCGCCAACAUUGCCAAGUUCACAUUUCCUCGACCUGGCGGCGCAGGAAGCUUCGAGAUCGAUACGUACAUCUCCAAAGGCGAUGAUGCGCCAGGCGAGCAGACCAAACAGGUCGUCGUCGUUGCGCAUGGUCAUCGUGAGUAUCCGCUGCGCUUUCAAGGCGAUGUGGCGCAAAAAGAAAAACCCGCUGACGGAUGUUUGCGCCGCUCGUUCCGCAGAGCGUGAUGCCAACAACGCUUUCAAAGCUGUGCAGAGCGCGUUGAAAACAUCCGGCAAGAAGAACAUCGCCAUUGUGGCUCCAAAGAUUGUGAGUUCCUCGUGGAAUACUGCUGUUGCUGAUGGCAUGGGCUUGUGCUCAGCUGACUCGCAAACGAUUGCUCCUUGUCCAGUUCAACGGUGCUGACGGCGAGACGUCUGCGGAUGGUGAUCUUUGCAUCUGGAAAGGCGACGGUUGGGGAAGUGGAGAACGCAUCUUGUUCCCUUCUGGCAGUGCCAUUGGGACGUUUGAUAUCAUCGAUGCCAUCGCACACCACUUUACCGACAAGAACCUCUAUCCCGCUUUGCAGUCCAUCACCUUUGCAGGUCACUCGAUGGGCUCGCAGCUCAUGCUCCGCCAUGCCAUCCUCGGCAAGCAAGUCUCCGGUCUAAAGACAUCCUGGGUGGUGGCCAACCCGUCCAGCUACUUGUACUUUGACAACGAUCGGCCCGUCAAGGAUACGGACGGAGGAGCGUUCAAAGGUCAAAACGAAUACAAGUACGGAUUCGACGGCAUCAGCCAGAAGCUCGGCUUUUAUGCCGACGCUUCAAAGAGUCCCGAGGAGCUGUUUGAGCGAUUUGCAGCAAGGACGGUGCGUUUCCUGAACGGAGCGCUGGACAACAAGGGGGUGAGCGAGAGCAAGAGCAUCGAUAAGAGACCUGCAGCUGUCGCGCAAGGCGAUAAUCGGCAAGAAAGGGCGCAGAAUUUUCACAAGCAUGUCAAUAGGAAGAAUGGCGGGCAAGAUCCUGCUGCUUUUAGCUGGCAGCUCGUGCCGAACGCUAGUCACAGCGCCGACGAGAUGUUCGACUCGGAGAUCG